UGUUUGAUCAGGAGGAUGAAAUGGUUGGCUGAACUCUAGUGAUCCUCCCUCUUUCAGAGUUUCUCUUCCUCAUAUAUGAGUUUCUCCAUCUCUCUUAUUCUCUUCAUCUCUCCACUAAACUCAAACUGCUCAUCACAGGAAGAUGCUGAUCAUUUUCUCCUUCACUCUCCUCACUCUUCUGUCAUGUGUCAGAUGUGCAAAAGUGGUCACACAGAAACCCUCUGUGCUGACAGAACAAAAAGGGAAAUCUGUGACGAUGGAUUGUAACGUUGGAAGGGCCGAGAAUUAUUAUGUCAGCUGGUAUAAACAGACUCCAAAUUCAGCUCCUCAGUUUGUGUUGAGAUACUAUCAUGAACACAGUGCCCCUAACUUAUAUGGAGAUGGUUUUAACUCCAGCCGCUUCACAUCUACAGCUCAGUCAAAUAUUGAUUUUCAUCUGAUCAUUAGUAAUGUGGAUGUUGGUGAUUCUGCAGUGUAUUACUGUAAGACAUGGGAUGGCUCUGCUAGUGAGUGGGUAUUCGGACAAGGAACAAAACUCAUUGUGACGGAUGCUGAUGUUGCUCCUCCUGUGCUGAACAUCCUCCGUCCAUCCAGAGAAGAGCUGAUCAGCUCCAGUAAAGUCACUCUGGUGUGUCUGAUCGAUCACAUGUCUGCGGCUUUUGCUGAUGUGCGCUGGCUUGUGAACGGGAACUCAGUCACUGAAGGCGUCUUCACCGGCUCUGCUGAACAGCAGCCUGAUAAGAAGUUCAGGAUGAGCAGUUAUUUAACCAUUGAGAGCUCAGAGUGGGACAAAGACAAAGAUCUGACAUGUGAAGCUUCUGUCGCCUCAAAAACCACCAGAACAAACAUCAAGAAAUCUGACUGCAGCGACUGAACUCAGACAAUCUGAUGUGUUGUUUGACUGAUUAUGAUAGAGAGUCAUAAUAUCUUCUGACGUAGUGUGAUAGAAAUCAUGAAUAUAGAAACUAUCAAAAAUAGUUCAAGAAUGGCUUUAACUGUGUCGUUUUCUGCAGACGAUAUUUUGGCUUUAAUGUGAAUGUAAGAUGAUUUACAGCCUGUUCAAUAAACUGCAUGUUAAACAAA